AUCGUUUUAAAACCGCAAAAGUCUUAUGACAUUUUGUCGGGACAAAUGCUUUCGAUGUGAUUUUAUUGUAUUAUUAUUUUUUAAUUACUGUUAUUAUUAUUUUAAUUACUCCUCCACUUUGGUAGCCCGGGUUAAGUGUUUGACAUAUGGCGCCUCUUUGUGUAGAACUAAUUGAGACAGGCAAAUUCAAUUGUUUUGGUGGGGCUCUCGUCGCUAUGGUAACGAGGCGAGAGAAGCGGGGAAGACCCCGGGAAAGGGCGACUCCCCCUUCACUUUCCACUGGGUAAACUCCGGCCUCCGUCUGGGUUCGGGUGCAUCUGACGCACGCCGGAGAUGGUGUUCGUGAAGCGGGGCGGUGAUGGCGCCGUACGAGUGCGGGUGGAGCGGUACCGGAAACAGAAACUUGUGUCCAGAUUGAGUGACUCGGGUUUCGAGGAUGAUUUGGCAGGUUCUCCCACUCCUCAUACCGGGACAGCUUCGUCAACUCUGUGUGUGGACGAACCGGAGGGUGACCAGGCAGAUCAAGCUUCCAACUGGUACUUUCAGUACGGUGAUGUCGGCUACAAGAUUCAGAAGGAGAGGGAGGCGCUGUUUUACCCGUGCAAAAGUCUUGCUCUCCAACCACAAGUGACUGCUGAGGCUCGCUGCAAACUUGUCAGCUGGCUCAUCCCGGUGCACAAGCACUUCCGCCUGUCCUUUGAGUGCUGCUGCCUGACCGUCAACAUUAUGGACAGGUUCCUGGCAUGCACGCCAGUGGCCGCCGACUGCUUCCAGCUUCUGGGCGUCACGGCACUGCUCCUUGCCAGCAAAAAGGUGGAGGUGUGCUCUCCCAGCAUCAGUCAUCUCUUGUCCCUGUGCUGCGACACCUUCACCAGGGAGCAGCUCUUUAAUCUGGAGUGCCUCAUCUUGGUGCGCCUCCACUUCCGAUUGGGCGCGCCCACCCUGGCCUUCUUCUUGGACUACCACGCCAACCACAUGGAUGCCGCCAAUGUGCCUGUGAAGCGAUGCAGCACCCUGGCCCAAAAGGUGUGUGAGCUGAGCCUUGCCGACUACGCCUUCAAUAAGUAUGUUCCAUCUCUGACGGCCAGCUGCGCGCUGACCCUCGCACUUGAAUUACUCCAAGUUGAACAUGUCAGAUGCCGGCCGGAGGAUGAAUUACAAGACAGCACAAUGAAGGAUCAGUGUGGCAGCGACCAUGACAAACCAGACAGCAGUUUGGCUCAGGAGUGCAGAGGCAAUCUCAAGCUCCUGGCCGCACUUAACAAGGAGUCACUGAGUGGAGAUCCAUUUGUUUAAACAUAAAGGGGGUGGAGUUGGGGAGGGGGGGUCCUGCCCCCUUGGCUCUCUCCCUAUUGCACGCCCGCCACUGUUGUUGAGUUCCUUGUUCGAGAAUAUCAAGUGGUGCAACAAGUACUGAAACAUUGAACAGUGAUUCCACAGCUGCGGCACAACAGUGUUCUAUGACAGAUCUGAUAAUUAUUACUAUUUACAACAACAAAAGCAUCUUUGCGUCCAUCGACGCCAGUGAUGUAUAUCAGGCAGAUAAAUUACUGUAAAUGGUCUUCGCUGUGUAUGUGUAUCCAGCUGUCAUCAUUCAAAAUAAUAUCGUGCUCAGCGAAACAGACAUUUCACACUGAGUGUAUUUGUCAGUAAAAUGAGCCGAGAUUAUAAUUAUUUUAGUAUUCGUACUUUUUGUGACAUUUUUGUUUGUUGGCGUGCCAUGAGAUUUUUCGAAUGUAAAAUAUGUGCUUUCGCUCAGUUAAAGAUGAACGCUGUAUAUGCUAUGCCUUUUUAAUUUCAGCAUUUUCACAUUGUUUUUAUUUGAGUCAUUGUUUGUCGUUCAUAUCAUGUGUUGGGAUGUCUGCGAAAAAGGGCGAGAUCAACAUUUGCAGUAAAAGGUUCUUUUUAAAUGUGAAAUAAAUUUAGAGUAAUUGUU